AUGGAACAGCUGGAUUUGCCUGUGGUGGCAGACACCACUCCUCACAUGCUGUCUGUCUUCCCCUCCAGAGACCUCAGUAUGAACAACAUCAGUCAGCUGCCCCUGAGUCCCCUGCACAGUCUCCGCUUCCUAGAGGAAUUACGUCUUGCCGGGAACGCACUGACGUACAUUCCCAAGGGAGCAUUCGCUGGCCUGUACAGUCUCAAAGUCCUCAUGCUGCAGAAUAAUCAGCUAAGACAGGUACCCACAGAAGCACUGCAGAACUUGCGAAGCCUGCAAUCCCUGCGACUGGAUGCCAACCACAUCAGCUACGUGCCUCCCAGCUGUUUCAGUGGCCUGCAUUCCCUGAGGCACCUGUGGCUGGAUGACAACGCUUUGACAGAAAUUCCUGUCCAGGCUUUCAGAAGUUUAUCGGCAUUGCAGGCCAUGACCUUGGCCCUGAACAAAAUACACCACAUACCAGACUAUGCCUUUGGGAACCUCUCCAGCUUGGUAGUUCUGCAUCUCCAUAACAAUAGAAUCCACUCCCUGGGAAAGAAAUGCUUUGAUGGACUCCACAGCCUAGAGACUUUAGAUUUAAAUUACAAUAACCUUGAUGAGUUUCCCACUGCAAUCAAGACACUCUCCAAUCUUAAAGAACUAGGAUUUCAUAGCAACAAUAUCAGGUCGAUACCUGAGAAAGCCUUUGUAGGUAACCCUUCUCUUAUUACAAUACAUUUCUAUGACAAUCCCAUUCAGUUUGUUGGAAGAUCUGCUUUUCAACAUUUACCUGAACUAAGAACACUGACUUUGAAUGGUGCCUCACAAAUAACUGAAUUUCCUGAUUUAACUGGAACUGCGAACCUGGAGAGUCUGACUUUAACUGGAGCACAGAUCUCCUCUCUUCCUCAAACCGUCUGUGACCAGUUACCUAAUCUCCAAGUGCUAGAUCUGUCUUACAACCUGUUAGAAGAAUUACCCAGUUUUUCAGUCUGCCAAAAGCUUCAGAAAAUGUAUGUGUGAAAGAGUUUCUAAGUCACAAGAACCCAAACUCAAAUUUCUUAGGGCCAUUGGUUUGUUUACCCUGUGGUUCACUGGCAAGACAUUUGAUG